CCAGCGGUAUCGGCUGGAACAUAGCAAGAGCUUAAAUUUGUUGUGAGGAACUGCUGCUGCACGUGCUUCAAUCAAUUUCUGCGGAUUUGACAUUUAACAAUAACCAAAAAAAAACCAAUUGCAAAUUUACGGUUUUUAUUUCAUUCGAGUGCUCUUUGAUACAAAAAUGAAAACGAAAAUGUCAUUGGCUCAUAAGCUCAAAUCUACAGCUUUCGUGACUACAUGUUCAAUCGGCGCAUUUUUUGGAAUAGGUAUUUACCGUAAUGAAGACCAAUUUUAUGACAAAUUCCUUAUGCCAAUCGUUCAUAUGUGUCCACCUGAACUGUCUCAUCGUCUUGCCGUGCUCGGCUUCAAAUACAAAUUAUUUCCAAAGCAACAAAAAAUAGAUUCAGAACGUUUGAGAACCAAACUGUUCGACUUCACAAUGGAAAAUCCGUUAGGCCUUGCAGCGGGUUUUGAUAAGCAUGGGGAGUCAAUGGAUGGGUUAAGUCGAAUUGGUUUUGGGUUCAUCGAAAUUGGCUCCAUUACACCAGAACCACAGCCCGGCAAUGAAAAACCGCGCGUAUUUCGAUUGAUUGACGACAAAGCGAUUAUUAAUAGAUAUGGUUUUAAUAGUGACGGUCACGCGAAUGUUUUCGAACGGCUAUCAAAAUUUAGGAAAGAUGAUUCGAAUAUUAUUAUUGGCGUCAAUUUGGGAAAAAACAAAGCAACAGAAGUUGCAUACGAAGAUUAUAUCAAAGGAAUAAAUAAGUUCGCUUCAGUUGCAAGUUAUUUUGUAAUCAAUAUUAGUAGUCCAAAUACGGCCGGCCUUCGAAGUUUGCAGCAAGCAGAUCAUUUGAAACUAUUAUUGAGCAAAGUCAUCCAUACCAGAAAUAAGUUGGAACAAGGCAAACGGCCCCCAAUAUUUUUGAAGAUUUCACCAGAUUUAUCACACAAUGACGUGUGUGAUAUCAUAUCGGUAAUUUCAGAAAAAGAGUGUCGUGUUGAUGGACUUAUUGUUUCAAACACAACUAUUGAGAGAAACGAAUGUCUAAAGAGUCAAGAGAAAAUUGAAGUUGGGGGUCUCAGUGGUGCUCCAUUGAAAAAUCAGUCCACAAGGCUAAUAGCGAAAAUAUAUAUUAUGACCGAGGGUCUCAUUCCAAUUAUCGGUGUUGGAGGUAUUUUUAACGGUCAGGACGCAUUCGAAAAAAUCACGGCUGGGGCUUCUGCCCUCCAACUUUACACAUCUCUUAUUUUCCAUGGACCCCCAAUUGUUCAGAAAAUCAAAAAAGAGCUAGAUGAAUUGCUUGAAGCAAACGGCUUAGAAAACGUUGAAAAAGCACGCGGCAUUCAAGCACACAUAUUGGCAGGAGAAAAAUGAUAUAUUUUUAUAUAAACAUAAUUUUUUUUGAAUAAUAAAAAGAUAAUAAACAUGUUUUUGUUCA